AUGGAAGAGGCGUAACCAGGAAGCGCUGAACGUACCUCGCCCUGGAAGAGAUACGGGCUUGGCUUUUGCUGAGAUCAUGGCUUCUCGCAACCCGGGGACGGAGUUGGAACUCAGCUGGCUUGCUCAAGUUCGGGUGAAUCAGCCAGCCAUUCUGAGGCGUGCAGCACAAAUCCAAAUGCAACGGGCUGUGAAAAAGAAUUGGCAGGCAGCCUGGCUCCUGAGAGCUGUCACCUGCAUCGAUCUCACCACCCUCUCGGGCGAUGACACCCCCUCUAACGUCUGCAGGCUGUGCUACAAAGCCAAACAUCCCAUCAGAGAAGAUCUCUUGCAAGCUUUGGACAUGCAUGACAAAGGCAUCACUACUGCGGCCGUUUGUGUCUAUCCAGCCAGGGUCGCUGAUGCGGUCAAGGCCCUCAAGUCUGCCGGCUGUGACAUCCCUGUCGCUUCAGUGGCAACUGGGUUCCCAGCCGGACAGACAGCUCUGAAAACUCGCUUGGAGGAGAUCCGGCUAGCAGUGGAAGCUGGGGCCAGAGAGAUUGACAUUGUCAUUAACAGAACCUUAGUUCUGACGGGCCAGUGGGAAGUCCUCUAUGAGGAAAUAUGCCAGUUCCGUCAGGCCUGUGGAGAAGCUCACAUGAAAGCCAUCUUGGGCACCGGAGAGCUGGGAUCACUUACGAAUGUCUACAAAGCUAGUCUUAUAGCCAUGAUGGCAGGUUCUGAUUUCAUUAAAACUUCCACCGGAAAAGAAGCUGUCAAUGCUACCUUUCCAGUCGGACUGGUCAUGGUGAGAGCCAUUAGGGAUUUCUACUGGAAAACUGGCUAUAAGGUUGGGUUUAAGCCUGCAGGUGGCAUUCGCACGGCCAAAGAAGCCCUGAUCUGGCUUUCAUUGAUGAAAGAAGAACUGGGAGAUGAGUGGCUAAAACCGGAACUCUUUCGCCUGGGCGCCAGUACCUUGCUGGGGGAUAUCGAGAGACAGAUUUAUCAUCAUGUGACUGGCAGAUACGCUGCUUACUAUGACCUGCCGAUGGCUUAGACCAGUGACUAAUUCGUGAUAUGAAAGAGAGUGAGAGAAAGGAUACGCGGAAGAAGCUUAAGCGAACAAUGUCCUUGCAUCUUUUCCUCCAACCAACUCCGAGCAGUGCUUAUGAAAGGAUUAAAAGGGCAGGGCUUCCAUUUCAGGGUGCGACUGUGCCUGCCUGGCCCCCCAAAGUCUACCGGCAAGAAGGAACGCUUUGGAUUUUGACAUUUUCUGACGCCAGUUUUGCUGCAACCUUGCUUUGUCUGUAUGUUAAUAGGAGAAAACAAAGAACGUGUGAUUGUUUUAGCCUGUAUGAGCCACCUCAGGGAAGCCAACCUUUUCGGCAGCAGAAUCAGAACUGCAAACAUAACAUGGUGCUACCUUUCAGUAUCAGGGCAAAGGUUGUUUCAGGCCCUUUGAAGGCCAAGCCAGACUUCAUGCAGAUCGUGCCACUGGCAAUGCUGAGAAUGGCUUUUAAAAAGUAAAUUACAGGCAUGGGAGGGGUGGGAGCUGAUCAGGUCCAUGGCACGGGGUAUCGAGGGGUUCACCCUUUGACCUCUGCGGUGGACCUGAUCCCUUUCAAGGGGAGGGAUGUCUCGGCUGGGAUUUGCAUCUGGGAGUGGUGGUGGGAAUGGGCGCUUUUCCUGCACUGGAAGCAGCCGUUGGAGGACGCCCAAUCCAGGUAAGAAUUGCACUGGUGGUCAGAAGAGGAUUUCGAUCAGGUGUCCCACACCUGCACUUCUUUUUUAAGCCAUAGGUGCAGUUUCUGAUUUCGCAAAUGCCCACUCCCCUAGUGUGACCUGUCCUUUAUGGAGCUGGACCGUGGGUCGUUGGGUGUGUUCACAGGCAAAUGCAAACAGGAGACUGAAUAAGGAUCUUUUCCACCUCGCACCACCCCUGUAGAAUUGCGAGUUGCAUCUUAAAGAUCUCGUUCAACUGCGAAGUUGUCCUGCUUUUGCGGAGCUCCAUUGAGUGCAACAACUGCAGUUUUCUGGAACACAGUGGAUGAAUCCGCCCACGGGCUUCCCACCAUCCAGUCGCUUCUUUUGGAGUGUGGGGAGGAAUUGGUAUACAAAUAUUAUAAGGAAUCAUUUCACACGUCUUUUAUCUGAGCCUCUUUUUAAUAAAAUGAAAUGAGAAAGGGUUCCUCCUUUGUGAAAUCUUGUUUCAGCUUUUGACGCUGCAGAAAUAAAUUGCUUUGAUGGUUUAAGAACCUAAGUUUAAAUAAAAGAAACGUCUGUGGUA